AUGUUCAUCGACAAUAUUAUUGAAAAACAUCGCACUUUUAUAAUCGGUUUAUACACACAACUAUCUAUGUUUCUACUGCGGAACCUGUAUUUUAUCCAUCUGGACUUGAAGAUAUGGUUAAGUAGUGGAAACCUGAGUUCUAUCUAUCUCCGUAGGCGAAACCUGUAUUUUAUCUACCUGGACUUGAAUAUAUGGUUAAGUAGUGGAAACCUGAGUUCUAUCUAUCUCCGUAGGCGAAACCUGUAUUUUAUCUAUCUGGACUUGAAGAUAUGGUUAAGUAGUGGAAACCUGUGGUCUAUCUAUCUUGAUGAUCAGGAUGUAAUUAGCCGCAGAAUGGUAGACAAUGGUUUCGAUAGAACCACUCCGGCCGAAGUAUCCAGCGUCUCCGUCUCGUUUUUCUUUUCUUUCGACAACAAUAGUUUUUCUGCUCGAGUCUCGUCUGACACUUUUUUUGUGUGUUGUGCUAAAGAGUCAUCCAAAGAUUUGUUCAUAUUCUCUUCGUUUUCUGCUAUUCAUUUUUCGCUUUUCUCCCGCCAUUUUCUUCCAUUCAUCGCUUGUAUGCUCUAUUGCAAUUCCAGCUUUUCAUGA